GUUUUACCAAGAGACAGUACAUCUAACACUUAACUUGGAUCAUCUCUUGUUCAUCAACUUGAAAAUCAUAACAGCCCCCAAAACUGACAUUUGAUCUGAAAGAAAAAGCUGUGACAAAUGGACAAUAUGUCUAUUACUAACACGCCAACAAGUAAUGAUGCUUGUCUGAGCAUUGUUCACAGCUUGAUGUGCCAUCGACAAGGUGGAGAGAGUGAAACUUUUGCAAAACGCGCAAUUGAAAGUUUAGUUAAAAAACUAAAGGAGAAAAAAGAUGAAUUGGAUUCUUUGAUUACAGCUAUAACCACAAAUGGAGCUCAUCCUAGCAAGUGUGUUACAAUACAGAGAACGCUGGAUGGGAGGCUUCAGGUGGCUGGUCGCAAGGGAUUCCCUCAUGUGAUUUACGCUCGUCUUUGGAGAUGGCCUGAUCUUCAUAAAAAUGAACUCAAGCAUGUUAAAUAUUGUCAGUAUGCUUUUGACUUAAAAUGUGACAGUGUCUGUGUAAAUCCUUACCAUUAUGAGCGUGUAGUCUCGCCUGGCAUUGAUCUCUCGGGACUGACACUACAGAGUUCUGCUCCAUCAAACAUGUUGGUGAAAGACGAAUACGUUCAUGACUACGAGGGGCAGCCGUCAUUGUCUUCUGCUGAAGGUCAUUCAGUCCAAACCAUCCAGCAUCCACCAAGUAACAGGGCAUCUACAGAACCUUAUAGCACCCCAGCCAUGUUAGUUCCUACUGAGGCUAGCACUACCAGCACCACUAAUUUUCCCAACAUUCCUGUGGCUUCAACAAGUCAACCUACCAGUAUAUUGACAGGUAGCCAUAGUGAUGGACUCUUACAGAUUGCUUCAGGGCCUCAGCCAGGAACUCAGCAGAAUGGGUUUACAGCUCAGACAGCUACUUACCAUCACAAUAGUACUACAACUUGGACUGGAAGUCGGACGGCAGCCUACACACCUACCAUACCUCACCACCAGAACGGCCAUCUUCAACAUCAUCCACCUAUGCAUCCUGGGCAUUACUGGCCAGUUCACAAUGAACUUGCAUUCCAGCCUCCUAUAUCAAAUCAUCCUGCUCCAGAUUAUUGGUGUUCAAUUGCAUAUUUUGAAAUGGACGUGCAAGUCGGAGAAACAUUUAAGGUCCCUUCAAGCUGCCCAAUUGUUACUGUUGAUGGAUAUGUGGAUCCUUCUGGAGGAGAUCGUUUUUGCCUGGGCCAACUUUCCAAUGUGCAUAGAACAGAAGCCAUUGAGAGAGCAAGGUUGCACAUAGGUAAAGGGGUGCAGUUGGAGUGCAAAGGAGAAGGUGAUGUGUGGGUUAGAUGCCUCAGUGACCAUGCGGUCUUCGUUCAGAGUUACUACCUGGAUAGAGAAGCAGGGCGUGCACCAGGGGAUGCAGUUCACAAGAUUUACCCAAGUGCAUAUAUAAAGGUAUUUGAUUUACGUCAGUGUCAUCGUCAGAUGCAACAACAGGCUGCCACAGCCCAAGCUGCUGCUGCUGCUCAAGCUGCAGCAGUAGCAGGAAACAUCCCUGGACCAGGAUCAGUAGGUGGAAUAGCCCCAGCCAUUAGUUUGUCAGCUGCUGCUGGAAUUGGUGUAGAUGACCUUCGCCGCUUAUGCAUACUCAGGAUGAGUUUUGUAAAAGGUUGGGGACCCGAUUACCCAAGACAGAGCAUCAAAGAGACACCAUGCUGGAUUGAAAUUCAUUUACACCGUGCCCUCCAGCUUCUAGAUGAAGUACUUCAUACCAUGCCUAUUGCAGACCCACAACCUUUAGACUGA